AGAUACAACUUGAAUGGGUCUAAUAGACAGAGCAAACGACUUGCUUGCUCGGUGGGAGAAAGAAAACAGAACGCUUCCUCUGCCUGAUGAUUAUCCUAACAAUGUACUCAUGUGCAUUGCAGAUGUUAUAGAUGAAGCAAAGGAUGAAGUUCAGAAGCUAGGAUUGGACCCUUAUGACGACUUCAAAGAUAUCACUGAAAAUGUUGAAAGUGAUCUUAUAAAAUGCAUCCUAGAUAAUGAAGAAUUUCUUGAAACAUUGACUUCCACCUAUCUAACUGGAUCUCGCUAUGCUAAUGACGAGAAAGUGAAGAUCUUGGCCGCUAGGAUCAUGUCCUCUGCUAUGAACGGGAUUAAUGCUAAUGCUUACUUCAAAGAAGUUGAGGAGGAGAUGAUAGAACUGCUGUACAGAUGGGCACUAGCUGACAGAGAGCCCCUCACUUCCUACGCAGUGGAGAUGCUCAGCUACGGGGAGACGCUCUGCAGCAGAUACCACCAGAACAACAUGGAGGUGGUCAGCUUACUGCUCCACAAGUUGAAGGAAAUUUACGCUAGUGCUAAGUCUGAAUACCUUGCUGCUCAUCCUACUUCCCUGUCUAUAGGAUCAGCUCCGUGGAGUGAAGACACUCAGGACGGAACAGAGACAGUGAGCUCCUCACCUGACAUAGCUGAUAACCCACUCCUGGACCCGGCCCUCGUGGGAAGGAGGAACUUUGAAGAGUUCAAGUGUCAGGCAGUCCUACACUUUCUUCUCUCUCUGGGAGAGUACCAAGAGUUUUUAGGGUUAAUAAUGAAGAACAGCAUCUUGAAAUUGCUACUGAACUACAUCAGCAUAACAGACAUCAACAGUCCUAUCAUAUUCGACAUAAUCCGAUAUUUAUCCGCGUUGCUGUGCCACAAAAAGUUCGCAAGUGACUUCAUGAACUAUGAAGGAUUACAACUGUUAAUGGACUUGCCGUACAACCAGCGUGCUUCCACGGGUAUCAGCACGUGCUUCUACGCGCUCGUAUUCCAUUCCACUGUUAUGGAGAGACUGUGUUCUUAUAACAGACAUCUUAUUGCACCUAUGAUGACUACUUGUCUGCGAUUGCUGAAAGGAAGACAUGAAAGUGGUCGCUCUCACGUCACGUUGUUUCUUACUUUCGGGUUUCAUUAUCAGACUAUCAUUGAGGAGUUUGACAAGCAAUGUGGUCUUCCCAUAUUCUUCAAAGUGCUGAGAGGAGCAGUUGAUGCGCUGAAGAACCCCCCAGUAAACGAAGUAGAAGUAUUCUUACUACGUCAGAAGAUGAAGCACACGUGCAACGCAGUGAGACAGUACCUCGCGGGGCACACUAUCCUUUACGCGGAACACCUGCGCCGCGUUAAGGAUCACCAGGGAGUGGGGAUGAGCCCUCAGAUUUAUACCAACCACAAGGCAUUGGAAAUAGAAGAUAACAUUAAAACAGCGUACGAGUAUAUCCAAUCUAAUGCCGAUUUUGACACCCUCUGGAAGCCAAUAGAUGAUGUUCACAGUCUUGGUGGCUUUGAAACAUUUAUCCAGGCAUUCUUUCUGAGUGAGACGUUCCGUUCCACGCGAUAUGACGCUUCACCCUGCAUCAUAACCGCCCUAACCUUCCUCACCAUACUGCCCAGAUAUCAACUCAAGCUUACUGAGCAGUAUCCAUUUUAUCCUGCACCAAAUGGAGAUUCACACACGGGUAUAAAGAUGAUCCUGCUGGCAGCCGAGUCAUUCGGUAACAUUGAUCUGCAAAGAGCAGCUUUGAGUCUCAUUGUCGUGGUUGUAUGUGGACCUUACCGUGCUAGUAACCUCAACUUGAGUAUGACACCGUCGCAGCAUUCAAGAAAGAACAGCGCCGACGAUGUUAUGCACAAAAUGUGGUCAGCUAUCCGAACUAACAACGGUAUAAAAGUCCUCAUGUCGCUCCUUCUCACCAAAACCCCUGUAAACCAUGCUGAUGAACUACGAAUGGCCGCCUGUAAAGCCUUAAAUGGUCUGUGUCGAUCGAGGGGCGUUAGGCAGAUCGCAUCUAAACUGCAUCUGAUGAGCAGUGGACAGUUGCUAGCUUUAAUGAGAGAGCCAAUUCUUCCAGAAAACGUGGAGACUCACUCAAAGUUCUGUACAUACACAAGAUCUCUAUUAGAAGUAUUGUUCGGGGUUUCAACAGACAAAGCAGCUAGUGAACCAUCCUUGAUGAACAAGAUGACUAAAGUCGACAUAGUAUCUAAAACACCUAUAACUUUCAAUAAAGACGAGAUUUAUAAUCUAUUGCAUUCAAGUUUGCUUGAGUGUGGACUAAAAAGCACCGCAAAUGCUCUGGUAGAUGAAGUAAAACUUAAGUUAGGAAAAGACCUGGCACUGUAUCCUGUAAAAUCAGAACCUCUACUUCCCAGUACGACUCACCUCAUGUCCCCUAUUACUCCCUGCAAGAAAUUAGUUAUCCGUAAUGCUCGAUCUAGAGUAGCCAGCAGCAGCGAGCCGGAUAUAUUGCCUUCUAGUCUGCAGUCUCCUACAGCUGCACUUAGAUCUAUAUGCUCCAAGGUACCACAGAAGUUAUUUGGAGUUAAGGAUCACUUGGAGGCAUUAGAAGCUCGGACAACAAACCACAUGUACCACCCUCCAUCACUCAAUGACCUGGUCUACAACUUUAUGAGAGAACAGCAUAUGAUGUGUGAACAUCCCAUGUCAAUUGUCCCCAAGUUCUCACUGUUCCAAGAGCACAGAUGUCCGGACCCCCAGCCUCAGCUCUACGAAGCUCCUGUAAAUGUGGUCGCCAGGCACCAGCAGAGACAAUAUGGAGUCCCAUAUGGAGGUAGAAACGGUCGAUACAGGGACUACAAGUACAUAUUUAGCAAGUUCAAACCAUACUACACGCUGAGAAUGGACAGUAGGAACGCAGAGGAAUGGGAACAUGUUAACUACACCAGCUGUCUAACUUUUUCAGAUUAUAUAGUUGCGGGCUGCAAUACCGGCCAGAUCAAGGUAUACAAGAUGACAGAACACCCUCCCUACUAUUGUAUGCAAACAACUGAGAGUGCCGAAUGUGAACCAAUUACCUCUCUCGUCCUCUCACAAUCUUCCAAGAUGAUGGUAUCUAACUCAACCGGAGAGGGCGACAUUGACCGACCAAACAACAGCUGCACAAUAUGGGGUGUGCGGAGUCCUGGUAGCAGUGAGGCGGGCAACAGUCGGGAUCUGCUUGAACACCGCCACGCUCUACAAGGGGUGGACCAUGCAGUCUUCAGUUAUCUAUCGGACGAUAAGCUGCUCUGCACAAUGCCUGAACACAAGUCCUCUAUCGUGGACUGCUACACUGGCAAGACCGUCACUGUUCUAGCUAACCCUCCCGGAUCAAACGGCUACUACAAGAACCACGCGGUAUUCAACUUCACGGACGACCUGGUGUUAAAUGACGGUGUACUGUGGGACUACAGGACCCCCAAUGCUAUCCACAAGUUCGACAAGUUCAAUAACUUUGUCAGCGGAGUGUUCGCUCCCUCUGGUAUUGACAUAAUGAUAAACACGGAAGUCUGGGAUAUGCGAACUUUCAAGCUUCUCAACACCAUUAACUCACUUGAUAACUGCCUUUUGAAGUACAACCACUCUAAAGACGUGAUGUACGGACUGUCACAUGUGAAGCAGGAAAUACUAGACCACGAGAUCAGUCCUUCUUACAAGCACGUUCUCGGCCCAUUCGAGAGCACAUUUAAAACAUUUGCUGCUGACGGAGGCUACCAGUCUCUUGGUACUUUCGAUGUUGGCAAACAGAUUGUUGACUUGAAUUUCUGCAGGAGAGAUAAACUUCUGGUGACAGUGGAAUCAACCAAUGAAGAGUUCACACAGCUCUGGUCAGGGGGCUCCGUCGUCAAACUUUACUUAGUAGGUAGAAGUAAAGCUUCCCGAGAAGACGACGAAGAAGAAGAAGACGAAGAAGAUGAUGACGAUGACGAAGAUGACGACGAUGACGAUUCUGUUGACAACUCCGAGUUUGAUGACGACGAUGGCGUAUCCGAUUCAUCUGCCCCCACUUCUCAACUCACCUCUCAACCCGCUAGUUCACAAGUCACCCUUCAAUCCUCUCAAUUAGCAUCAUCGGGGCAAAACGUGACGUCAUCGCAGAAUCACGUGACGUCAUCACAGAGUCCUGACACGUCAUCAUCAUCAUCCUCAAGCAGCUCGGAUGACGGCUCAAUAUCAGAAGAUGUAAUUGACAGAAUAAGUGAUUCAUCCAUGUCUCAAGAUGACGACGAUGAUGACGACGAUGAAAACUCAGCCAUGGACCCUCAGUCCGCUCUUAACUUCUCUGUCGUGUCUGACUCCGACGAUGAUCACACUCAAGGAAGGAUAGUUUGAAGAUCGAAGUUCUAAGUUAUCUUGAUAUUUAAUCAGAAAUAGUUGGCUAGCUGGGUAGGUAAUUGUCAGUGUCGGACAGUAGUAUGUUACCAUGGUUACCUUGAUAAGUUGACAUUUGAAUUGACAAAUCUGUUGGGUGGAUACUGGAUAAGGAUAGAGGGGGCCGGGUAUAUUUUGCAGCAUGAUGUGAAAUUAUCGAUUUUAUAUUACGACAACAUUUGGACGAAAACUCUUCAAUUCACUCCAUUGAACUCUGACUGUUUAAUCUUUGACUUUUAGUCCCGAAGUCUUUUAUCUCAGAAAUCUUAAUAAAAUGAUAUUGCGUGAUGUCCUGUCAAGGUUGUAGUACAGAGCCUGUAUAUAUAAAUCAGUCUGUUCAUGUUGGGAGAAAAUACGCGCCCACGUGUCUCUAAGUUCUGAUCACGUGACAUUCACGUCACUUUGGUAAUUUUGUCAUGAAAAUAGUAACCAACAUGACGUUAAUUUAAUUUAACCGGACCUUAUAGAAUCAUCAAUUCGGAAAUACUCCUUUGUGACAUGAAGCUUCUUUACUAAUAUUUCGCACAAUAGCAUGUUUAGAGAAUGGAUACUCCGCUCAGUUUAAUACUGCGGCUGUAUACAAUUUGAAUAGGGCUACUUUUUAAUCUUUUUAAAGCUUUUAUUCAAAAUUUUAUCCAUUUAUUUCUAAUUUGAUAUGUUGGUAAUUGGUAUUCUGUAAUACUGUUAAAUUAUUAAUGAUUAUUUGCUAAGCCUGGCGUGAUAUGUUCUAAACGUAUAAACUAUAGCUUUUAAUUCAGCACUGCCCAUUGUAGUAGCCCAACAGAAAAGCAAGUUUUGCACAUGACUAUGGAUUAGUUUAAGAAAUCUUUAUGUGUUUCAUUAAACGGCCUUGUAAGAGGGUCUUAGUGAACUGUGCAGUUAACUGUUUCAGUCAAUUAACUUUACUAUUUUUGGCUGAUAUAUCAUAGUAAAACGUAUGGAAUUUUGCAUAGCUGACGUUUACUUCUUCCUCCAAAUAGUGAACGGUCUCUUAUUAUUUUGUUAAACUUGUUAUUUAACUUAGAAAUUAUAAAUCGCCUCGAUCUGUAAAUAUGGACGGGGUGGUGGGGGUAACUCUUUGUACCAAGAUGUUUGUGCAACUUCUAUAUUUGUAAUUCAUACUUAAUUUAAUGCUGAACUCAAUACAUUG